AUGGAGAACCAACAGGUUCGGCAAAGGUUGAUGGAGGCUGCAGAAACGGGAGAUAUCAAUCUCCUGUACGGGUGUAUACAAGAUUACCCAAAAAUUUUGAAGAGAAUAGAUAAGAUCCCUUUUGUUGAUACUCCUUUACACAUAGCUGCCUCAACUGGACAUGCCCAUUUCGCUUUAGAAAGGAUAAGAUUAAUGCCAUCAUUUGGUAAGAAGCUGAACCCACAAGGGCUAAGCCCCUUGGACUUGGCUUUGCAAAGUAGGGAAGGCCUAAGCCCCUCAGACCCGGAUUUGCAAAAAAUGGAAGAGCUAAGCCCAAAGGACCUGGAUUUGCGAAAUAGGAUCACUUCGACUAUAAGCCGGCUCAUAAAUUUUGACAAGGAGCUCAUACGAGUCAAAGGAAAGGGAAGCUUCACUCCUUUGCACUACGUAGCUGAAAAAGGCGACAUUGAUCUUUUGGCUGAAAUUCUAUGUGCUUGUCCAGAAUCAAUAAUGGAUCGAACAAUUCGAGAUGAGACUGCACUGCACAUUGCCGUGAAAAACUCAAAGCUACAAGCUUUUAAAGUGCUGUUGGGAUGCCUUCGCAGGAUCCAUAAACGUCAUGUACUAGGCUGGAAAGAUGAUGAAGGCAACACCCUGCUACAUAUUGCGGUGUCCACUUCACAAACUCAGAUGGUGAGAGAAGAAGAAGUUCAUCAACAAGGCUCUUCCAACGGUGGUGAUGAGAGGACUCAAGUUCAAGAUGCACCUCUCAUUCUUGAAGCCAUUCAAGGACUCUAA